AUGAGCAUUCUCGAUGACCUGAGCGUUGACGAGCUCAGAUGGCUAGAAGCCAGUGAAAUCCUCGAGUUCCCGACUUCGCCGGUCGAGGCCUUUCAGUUCAACGACAGCGUCGUUCCCCGUUUCUCCCACAGUCUCGAAGACCGUAGUUGGUCCGAGGACAGUGCAAUACAAGGACAGCCCAUGCGUUCCUCUAGGAAAGUCGAGAGAAUCCGUCACCUUCCGUCAACUUCGAAUGCUUCGUCUCAAGGAUCUAGCCCUGCCCAUACACCUACGUCUUCUGGAGCGAUUUCUUCCCCAUGGCCAUCGUCGCUUCCAACGCCACCUUCGACCCCGAUCCGAGUCACUUCCACUCGGAACAGUGGUAAUUCUAAAGACAAGCGUCAAGACUCCCCUUCCGAGUGGCUUUAUCGUCGUCCAAGGAAUACUAUCACCCCUGCGCCGUCCGCUCUCGCAUCUUCCCUUACGCUCCAUCAGUUACCCUCGAGCAGGUCCUUGACACCCGCCCAAACGUCAUCUGUAGCAAGCUUCAGCCUGAACCGUCCAACGGCCGAUCCCUUCUGUGACGAUCAAGACAGGAAGUCAUUGAAAUCAUUCGAUUCCAGGGACUCCCGCUCGACCAGAGGUCCGUUUUGGUCCACGGUGCUCCGUCCUCGUUCUCGAUCAAUGCGGUCGAUCCCACUAUUGAAGACAAUCCCUUCGCAAUUAGAAGUCACUCUAUACCCUCCAGAACUCAACGAGAAUGGCGCUUCCCAAGAUGUCGAUUCAUCGAACUCCUCCUCAUCUGUCGUCAAGGGUGGUGGUAGUGGUAUCGGCGAAGGAGUUAGAACGAGGGCACCGUCGAUCGCGUCGACCCUUUCAAGCACUUCUUCGCAAUCCUCGUCUCGUCCAACAACGCCAGUGACGCCCUUUGAUUCAGUAUGUGGAAUCAACAAACCAGGACAUCCACACAGAUUCGGCCACCAUCGUCGCCAUGCCUCCAACCCUGUUCUGCCCCCAAAAGGACUCAACAGCGCUCCCCUGUCCUCCUCCUACCCAAACAAAUCGAUUCUAACCAGGACCUCGUCCAUUUCCACCAAAGAUUCGGUUACCACCGCCAAUAAGUCUGUCAAGUUCGUUGAAGUUCCAACCGUGCAUUAUGCCAGCGCUGGAUACUGGGAUGUCGCUUCGGUGGAAAGAAUGGAAGUCGACAGUCCACCCCACGUGGAUGAUAUGGGGAUGGAUCUCGACAUUAUGGACAUUGACAGUUGCAGGUCUCGAUACCGCAACUCUCGCGCCCCGUAUCGUCGCGAAAGGACGGGUCCAUAUGCAGGCAGGGGUGCCGUCUCUCGCAUGACCGACUUCAUCGACGAACUUCCUGAUUGCGAAACACAAGAUCCAGAGCCAGACUUUGCUCAGAGCGGCGCUCUGAAACGAUUAAUGACCUUCAAGAGAUCUUCGAGGGCGUCACGAGGGCGGAAGCAUGCCUCUGCCUAUGCGCAGCUGUCAACUUCACUCCCUCCAACCCCUUCCAUACCCCGACCUGUCAUUUCCGGGCCCUAUGCUCUCGGCUCUCAUCCAGUAUCCUCGUCACCCGCUCAUUCCACCACGUCGUUGCGCAGCAAUAUGUCCAGAUCCAGCAAAGCGUCCAAGUCCUUCCUCAGCUUCUCGUCGGUCACCCCUACUUCGGGGAUCACCAACUCGUACGGUACUGGCGUCUCGUCGCUUGAGAACUACAGAAGUGCCAGGAACCCAGCAACACGGAGCGUACGCAGCUUAGGUAGUGUCAAAAGCAGCUCUUCCACGGCUUCGGGAUUGAAAUCCUGGUUGUCUCGCAUUGCUGCUGGCAGGGCUGCGAAUUGA